AUGCACUCUGGUCCCUACUCCAAGCCCCAGAAGCCCAAAAACCGUCCAAAGCCCCAGCAGGCCGGCUACCACCCUAAGCCCCACCAGCCCAAACCUCAGCAGGCCGCCAACCCUUCAAAUCCCCUGCAGUCUUGGUACCAGCCCAAACCCCAGCAGACCAAGCCCAACCAGCCCUCCUACCCUUCAAAUCCUCAGCAGGCCAAGCCCUACCAGCCUUCAUACCCUUCAAAUCCUCAGCAGGCCAAGCCCUACCAGCCAGCCUACCCUUUGAAUCCCCAGUGGGCUACCAACCCUUCAAGUCCCCUGCUGUCUAGGUACCAGCCAAAACCCCAGCAGCCUUCUUACCAUUCAAAUCCUCAACAGGCCAAGCCUCAGCAGACCGAACCCCUGCAAGGGGUGCUCCAAAGUAAAGCUGGCAUGUGGUACUUUCCUUCCGAAGGAAGUGUUUCUUCUGACUCUAAUGUGCAGGCCAAGCCCUACCAGCCAGCAAACCCUUUGAAUCCCCCAGCGGGCUACCAACCCUUCAAGUCCCCCUGCAGUCUCGCAGGCCAAGCCCUACCGGCCUUCAUACCCUUCGAAUCCUCAGCAGGCCAAGCCCUACCGGCCUGCCGACCCUUCAAAUCCCCUGCAGUCUAG